AUGGCAAACAAGUCAUUUCAGUCAUCAAAUCCAAUUCAAAAUUAUAAUAAUGAGUCUGAUGCUACCCAAUCUGGACUUAUAAAACGGAGAUCUGGUCUAAAACGCCAUAUGACUUAUAUGUGAGAAUCAUCAAUUCCAGAUAAAUGAAAAGAGAUUAAAGGUGAGAAAUACUUUCACCAUGUGACUUCUAGUACAAAAUCAAAGGAUACUUUGGAAUUUCUAAGAAAAACAGAAAAAUACAUUGAAAAAAUUAGUAAACCAUACCAAAGUAACAUAAGUAGUAUGGCUACUACCCCAAAAUUAAAUAAAACGCCUAGUCCAAUACCAGCUGCCAAUAACUCAAAUGACUUCAAAAGAAGAAAAGAGCUCCCUGAGUUAAGAAGGGCAAAAAAUAAAAGUUUCAACAAGCUAGAACUUGUUGCACAAAGGUUGGUAGAGAAUAAAUCGAUACCAAAACUAAGAAAAAAUCCAUCAUUUGAUGCAAGAAUGGGGAUGACUUUCACAGACUCAAAACCUGAAUUUUUAAUUCAAUAUAAGACUCAUGCAAAUUUUCAAAUAAAAAUCAAUAAAAAAAUUGUAAGUGAAGAUCAUAACUUUGUCAAGCAACGAAAAAAUUUAGCUAAAAAAUUGCUUAAUUUUAGCUUGUCUGUCAAUUCAUCACCUAAAUCACAUUUAUCGGGCAUAGAAUCCAAUUUUCAUAGCAACGCCUUCUCAAAGAAAUCGCCUUUAUUAAAAAAUAAGCUUAGAUUAUCAUAUGCAUAA